AAACCGGAAACAUAUCCUACAUGCGCAAACCUCAAUCAGUCUCCCUUGCAACAGUACGAAAUACACAAUAUUGACCGCUGUUUCUUUACCCCCACGCGACGUAAAAGCGAAAGUUAACCACAUAACUCACUUUUAAACUUCACCUGUUUUAUUCAAGAUGGGUAAACCCAAGAAAGGCAAUAAAGCUCGUGACGAAGAUUUUGAGGAUAAUGAUGAGACUUCGUUGGAACAAAUGGAAGAUCAGCCAUCCCAAAUACCAAGCUCCAAUCCUGCCCCCAGCAAAAAAGACAAAAAGAAGAAAAAAGGAAAGGCAAGAGGAGAUGACGAUGACAUGGAUAUUGAGGACGAAAUCAAAGCAUUAUCGCUUCAAGCUAACGGUGAUGAGGAAGACGAGGAUGAUAACCCGCAACCAAUCUUGAGCAAGAAAAAGGACAAAAAGAAAACAAAAGGCAUGUCUGCUUUUCAACUCCUGGCCAUGGAAGAUGAGGAAGAUGAUGAUGAUGUCAAUGAAAGUGAUCAAGACAAUGAGGAGGAGGAGGACAAAAGUGGCAAAGAAAUAAAACAGGAACAUGCAGCUGAUCAGAACAAGUCAAAGAAAAAAGAAAAGAAUAAAAAGAAAGAAAAGCAGAAAAAGCCGGAGGAGGAAGACAUUGAUGCCAUAAUGGCCAGUCUUGAAGCUACAGAUAAACCAAAGAAAAAAGGGAAAAAGAAUAAAAAGAAUGCUGAGGAGGGAGCUGGUGAGGAAGAACCCUCUUCUAUGGAUGCCUCCAGUGAGGUCGCAGCUGUGGAUCUUGAAGCAAAAGCUCCAAAAGUUGUUACAAUUGAUGAUCUUGAGGAAGAUGAUGAGGAGUAUGAUAAGAAGAAAAAGAAGAAGAACAAAAAAAAAGGCAAGGGUAUCGAUGAAGCACCGAGUGCCCAAGGUGAAGAUGAGAAAAAGCAGGGUGACGAUAAUGAAGAGGAUGAAGAAGAUGGCCAGGAAGAAGGGGAGGAAGGAGCUACAGUGAAGACUGCUGCUCAGAAGAGGAAGGAGAAAAGGGAUAGAGAGAAAUUGAAAAAGCAACAGGAAAAACAGAAACAGAAGAAAGGUGGCAAAAAGGAGGAGGAAGGGGAGUCAGUUUUGGCUGCUGAGGACGCAGAGAAGUCAGCUGAUGCAGCGGUCAGCAAAGAAGGCACUCCUGAAACGGCUGAAAAAGAGGAAGACAAGGAAGAUGGUAAGGAAGGCAAGAAGAAAAAGAAAAAGAAAGGAGAAAAGGAGGACAAAGAAAAGCCAAAACCUAAUAAAAUGCUGGCCAAGUUGAAAGAGCAGCUGAAAAAGAUCCAAGAGGAAGAUCAAAAAGCGGAGGAAGAAAGAGAGAGGCUGCGGAUAGCAGAGGAUGAGAGGAUAAAGCGUCUGGAAGAAGAGGAGCGUUUAGAAGAGGAGAAAAGACAAAAGAAGAAACAGAAGAAAAAAGAACGUGAGGAACGACUGAAGAAAGAAGGGAAGUUCUUGACAGAGAAGCAGAAGCAGGACAAAAGGAGAUUAGAACAGAUGUUGGAAGCAAUGAAAGAAGCUGGUGUGGACAUGCCAAACAAAGAAGAAGUUCCGAGGAAAAAGCCUGUCUAUGGGAAAAAGAAAAAAACCCAGACAAAUGCUGCCAAUGAUGAGCAACAAGAAAAGUCCCCGUCUCCGGAAACUCCUACCUCUCCUGUGCAGCCAGAACUAGUCUCUAGUGAACAAGAAUCAACCAAAGAGGAAGCUUUGGAGGAGUCCAAGAAAAAUGUUGUGGUAAAAAAAGAGGAGGUCAAAGAGGCAUGGGAUGCUGAAAGUGAGGAAGAAGAAGAUGAUGAUGAGGAGGAUCAGGAAGAAGAGUCAAAAUCAGAGCAAAAAGCGCAAGUGUCUCAGUCCUCAAAGGAACCACAGAAGAAAGAGGAAGAAGAAGAGGAUGAAAGUGAAGAGGAAGAGGAUGAAGAUGAUGAUGAGGAGGAUGAUGAUGAGGAAGAUGAGAGCAGCGAAGAGGAAACUGAGUCUGAGGAGGAAGGCUUGACCCCAGCGGAACGGGGUCGAGAGAAAGUUUUGAAACGUGCUGAGAAGGCAGAGAAAGACAAAAGCUUGUCUGAACUGAGAGCUCCUGUUGUGUGUGUUCUUGGCCACGUUGACACAGGGAAAACCAAAAUUUUAGACAAGUUGAGGAGGACGAAUGUUCAAGAUGGAGAAGCAGGAGGUAUUACGCAGCAAAUUGGGGCUACAAAUGUACCCAAAGAUGCUAUCCAGGAAAAAACCAAGAUGUGCAAAGAGUUUACAAAACAGGAUCUUAACUUACCAGGUCUCUUGAUCAUAGAUACCCCUGGCCAUGAGUCUUUCAGCAACUUACGUGUCCGUGGAACAUCAUUGUGCGACAUUGCAAUCCUGGUUAUUGACAUUAUGCAUGGGCUGGAGCCACAGACCAUUGAGUCCAUCAACUUGCUGAAAGACAGGAAGACGCCCUUUGUUGUAGCGCUCAAUAAGGUUGACAGACUGUAUCAGUGGAAGCCUCAGCCCCAAGCAGAUGUUAUGAACACCAUCAAGAAGCAGUCAUCACACACCAAGUCAGAAUUUGAUGAGAGGUCCAGGCAGGUCAUACUACAGCUGGCUGAAGAGGGCUUGAAUGCUGCAUUGUUUUAUGAGAACAAGAACCCCAAAGAGUACAUAUCCCUCAUCCCCACCUCAGCGCACACAGGGGACGGCAUGGGCAACCUGGUGGCCCUCAUCUGUGAGCUGUGCCAGACCAUGCUGGCCAAGAGGCUCAUGUACAGCACCAACUUGCAGGCUGUUGUCAUGGAGGUGAAGGCAAUCACAGGCAUGGGCACAACCAUCGAUGUAAUCCUCAUCAACGGGUCGGUGAAGGAGGGCGACACUGUGGUGCUGGCGGGUACUGAGGGCCCCAUUGUCACACAGAUUAGGGGUCUCCUCAUGCCACAGCCCAUGAAGGAGCUCAGGGUCAAGAACCAGUACGAGCACCACAAAAUGGUUCGCGCUGCCCAGGGAGUGAAGAUCAUUGCCAAGGACCUGGAGAAAGCUCUCGCUGGCCUGCCAUUUUAUGUGGCCCAUGAUACCGACGAGAAGGAGUACUACAGGGAAGAAGUGGCGAAUGUUUUGAAAGACACCCUUGAGUCCAUCAAAGUCCAGGAGCGAGGCGUCUUUGUGCAGGCGUCCACCCUCGGCUCUCUAGAAGCUCUGCUAGAGUUCCUCAGGACCUCCAAGAUUCCCUACGCUGGCAUAAGCAUUGGACCAGUGCAUAAGAAGGACAUCAUGAGGGCAUCUGUAAUGUUGGAGCAUGACUCACAGUAUGCUGUGAUCCUUGCCUUCGACGUGCGUGUGGAGAGAGACGCCCAGGAGAUGGCGGACACGCUGGGCGUGCGCAUCUUCACGGCGGACAUCAUCUACCACUUGUUCGAUGCCUUCACCAAGUACCGGGAGGAGCUGAAACGCCGACGCCAAGAGGAGUUCAAGCACAUUGCCGUGUUCCCGUGCAAGCUGCGCGUGCUGCCGCAGUACAUCUUCAACUCUCGCGACCCUAUCGUUAUGGGCGUCAACGUGGAGGCGGGGUUCCUCAAAGAGGGCACCCCUAUCUGCGUGCCUUCCAAGGAGUUUGUGGAGCUGGGUCGGGUGUCCAGCAUUGAGUUCAACCACAAGGCAGUUGACAUGGCUCGUCAAGGCCAGGAAAUUUGCAUUAAAAUACUGCCCACUCCAGGAGAGGCGCCUAAGAUGUACGGUCGCCACUUUGACGAAACCGACAUGCUUGUCAGUAAGAUCUCCCGCCAGUCCAUUGAUGCUGUAAAGGAUCACUUCCGAGAGGAGAUGAGCAAGCCUGACUGGAAGCUCAUUUUAGAGUUGAAGAAACAAUUUGAGAUUUUAUGAUCAUUUCUGUGUGUCUGCUGAGAAUGUGUAUGUGUGUGUGUUGGGGGGAGGGGGGUGGAUACAUAAUAUGUGUCAGGUAUUUCACAGAGGAAAAGCUAUUCUUGAAAUUUGUUUUCUUAUUUGAUCAUCAUUUGGCGGUGCCUGCUCACAAUUGCGGCAGUCCAUUGAAGUGCCUCCCAAGUUGCCAUGAAUCUUGUCUCUAAAUGGCGUUGGCUCAGACCUUGUGUCCUCUCUGGAACUGCUUGUAUUGGCCAUUUCUCAAACAGAUGGCCCGUGAUCAUGGGUGUCAUGCGGCAUGGCCAUGUCUCCCACUCACCAGUCACUAACUUUCAGUGCACUGUUGUGCCCUGUCUGAACUCUUUCCAAAAAAAA